UAAAGAUUCUUUUUUUUUGGUUAAAGUUAUGUGAAACAACCAUAUUAGCUGCAUCCCAUUAACGUCUUUCCUAUCCUAAUUAAAUAUAUAUGUCCACCGGAAGGGACGAGCGAGGUCAGAAAUCAGAUAGCUAGCGAGCAAGAAAGAGAAUGUCAACAAUGAGUGAUCAUCAGAAGGUAACUGUUGUGCCAACAGAGAAAAUCCCUUUUGAUCAGUUACCUCUCCCGUUGAAAGUUGGUGGUCCUUUAGAGUUCACUAACUUGUCCAUAGUGCAAACAGUUACCACCGUGUCAAUAGUGACUGUUUCUUCGGAGUCGACUAUAGCGUCAGCCGGUAGUGUUCCUCCGGAGGCAACGACCCUGCCACCAGAGGGUACUGUUCCUCCAAAGGUAAUUACCGAGUCCAUAGUGAGUGUUCCUUGGGAGGUAUCUGCUGCAUUCGCAAAGAGUGUCCCUUUAAACACUAUCGAGUCAACUGAGAGUGCGCCUCCGGAAGUAGCUUCUGAGUCAAUAGAGAGCGUUCUUCCGGAGGUAACUACCCUGCUACCAGAGGGUUCUGUUCCUCCAAAGGUAAGCACCACGUUUAUAGAGAGUGAUCCUCUGGAGGUAUCUGCUGCAUCCAUAGAGAAUGCCCCAUUGAACAGUGGCGAGUCAAUUGAGAGUGCGCAACUGGAGGUUACUUCUGAGUCAAUAGAGAGCGUUCAUCCGGAGCUAACUAUCCUGCCACUAGUGGGUACUGUUCCCCCCAAGGUAACCACCGAGUCCACCGUGAGUGUUCCUUUGGAGGUACCUGCUACAUCCGCAAAGAGUGCCCCUUUGAACACUGGCGAGUCAAUUGAGAGUGUGCCUCUGGAGGUAACUUCUAAGUCAAUAGAGAGCGUUCCCCUGGAGGUAACUACCCUGCCACCAGUGGGUACUGUUCCUUCAAAGGUAACUACCGGGUCCACAGUGGAUGUUCCUCUGGAGUUAUCUACUGUAUCUACAGAGAGUGUCCCUUUGAACAAUGUUGAGUCAAUUGGGAGCGCAGCUCCGGAGUUUACUUCUGAGGUAACAGAGAACGUUCCUCCGAAUGCAACAACCAUGUCAUUGACAAGUGUUCCUCGUGAGCCAAUUGUUGAGUCAACCGGGAUUGUCCAUCCGGAGGUGACCUCCAAGUCAACAAAGAGCAAUCCUACGAUGUUAGUCGUCCCGUCAACAGAGAGUGCUCCUUCGGAGGUCACUACUAAGCCAACAGAGGGCGUCGUUCCUGAUCCAGAGCUAAUUACUAAGGCUCGGGAUGAUGCGGUCAACUUGAACCAUGCUUUUGCGGGAUGGGGGUGCAACCAUGCGACAAUCUUGAAUAUUUUUGCUCAUAGAAGCGCGAAACAGCGUACUCAAAUAAGGCAAGAGUAUAAAACUGAGUUUUCGGAAGACUUUGACCAUCGCUUGUCUAAAGAGCUUAUGUUUAGUCCUGAUCUUAAGAGAGCACUCUUACUUUGGAUGGAUGAUCCGGCAAGCCGUGACGCAAAAAUAGUGAAACGUGCUUUAAGUAAAAACCUCAUUAAUGUUGCAAUUGAAGUAAUAUGUUCUCGUACUCCAUCCCAACUUGAAGAGCUGAAAAAGGUUUAUCGUACAAUGUUCACGACUUACCUUGAUGAGGAUAUAGAUCAAUCUCAUGCAAACGGCGACAAUAAAAAGUUGUUGGCCGCAUAUGCAGGUGCAAUACGCUCAGAAAGCCCAGAAGUAGAUGCAGUGAUAGUAGAUAAAGAUGCCAAAGACCUCUUUAAAGUUGGGGAGUGGAGAUUCGGAACUAUUGAGGAGACUUUUAUUCGCAUAUUCAGUGAAAGAAGCGGUGCUCAUUUGGUUGCGAUUAAUUCUGCUUAUCGCAAAAUGUAUGUGAAUUCAUUGAAAAAGGCUAUAAAGAAGGAAACAUCUUCGAAAUUCAAGUGUGCGCUUUUGACAAUUUUAAAAUGUGCUGAGAAUCCUGGAAAAUACUAUGCCAAGGCAUUGCAUAAGGCGAUGGUCGGCCUUGGAACUGAUGAUGAAACACUCACUAGGAUUAUUGUGUCAAGGGCUGAAGUUGAUAUUGAGAAAAUAAAGACAGAGUACCACAAAAAAUAUGGGAAAUCAUUGAGUGAUGAUGUUCGUUCAGAUACUUCUGGACAAUACAGAGCAUUUCUUCUCUCGCUUUUAAACCCCAAUGCCUAGGUAACGGGCCAUGGAUCACGUAUCUCUAAAUUCUUUAUCCAAAUGUCUCAAUGCAUUUACACCCGUUUGAACUAAUGAGAAUCUUAGGUAUAAGAAUUUUCACGAAUUGAAAUCAUGCGGUUGAGAUUAAUGCAUUGAGAAAUUGAAAAAUAAAGAGUUUUGAUGAUAAAGCCACCCGUCCCUAGAUAAGGCAUCCAUUAGGUAAAGUGUGAUAUAAGGUGUGGAUUUGGACUUCUCUCUCCCUCUCUCUCAGUUUUCUUUGUUCCUGUGUGAUAUAAGGUGUGGAUUUGGACUGCUAUGUCCCUCUCUCUCAGUUUUCUUUGUUCGUGUGUGUUUGCGUUUUAGGUUGUAUGGUUGGUGAUGUCAGAUGUAAUUCAGUGGCUACAUUAUAAUUAUAUGUUGUUAUUAAUAAACUCAUUUUGGUUGUAUGAGAAAAA